GCUUCAAACACACACCUACUGAGCCGUGCACUGCAAUUGAUCUCGUCAGCUGUCUUACAACCGAGUCCCAGGUGAACACUCUCCGUACUUCAACGAUCACUACCUUCUCCCAUCAUAGGCUUCCGUUCCUCCGUCGGCUCCAUCUCGUCUUCUGCUUCCCAUGGCACGUUGCUAACUUUUCUUAUCUCUUGUUGAUCCAGAUCGGAGCCUGCGACGGUGUGCUUGGAUGCUCCUCGAUAUUCCCCAGACUGGUGUCCGAUAGUCCCCCAACAGCUUCACCAAACAGGAUCAUGGCAUCUCCUUCAAGAGAUCCGCUCAGCAUCCCGAGAGCCGACUCGCCCUCUCGACAAUUUGGCUCUCUUCCCCGAGCAGACGCCACUGCUCGCCUGGCCUCGCCCGUCCCGUCUCAGCAAUAUGGCACUCCGCAGACAGGCCGCUUCGUCGGCCCAGGAUCGAGCAGGCUGGGCGACAACAGCGAGACGGCCAGCCUCGCCCCCUUGGCUGGUGCUGCGCCUUCAAGCGCCCAAGGCCCCGGCGUCUCGGCCCUGGCCGCUGCGCUUUCCAACUCUCUGGGCGCUUCUCCGCCGAGACACGGCACUCCUCCGGUGCGCACUGCUACUCCUCCCCCGGCAAGGCCUUUGUCUCCUGCUGCCGCUGGUGCUCAGCUCUCGAGCACACCCAUAACCAACUACGGCUCCUUCGACUCCCGCUCUCGCAAUGCCGGCGCCUACGAAGACCCCGAAGUCGUCAAGAGGCACCUGGUCCAGCCUACCGACGCCACCUCCGAAGACUCUAGUGUGCGCGAUGGAGUCAAAGGCAAGCAGGCGGCGGAUACUGAUACUGAGACCGGCCUAAACGAGGACGAAUUCUCGAGUUUACGGCUGCAGGGUGGAGACGUGACUCGAGGCAUCUACAAGUGGACCGAAGAGGCCGAGGCUCGAAACAAGGUGCAGCGCAGCAAGAGCUUCAGCAUCUCCCGUCCCGAUCCAGAGACCGAUAUUCUCGAUAUCAACGCUAUCAAGGUCCCCGGAGGUUUCCGUCGUAACUACUUGCGUCGUGCGGCUAGGAGCCCCUCCACGGUCCGAGAUGGCGGCGAGCGUGGCGAAGCCAGCGAUGGCCCUCAACCCCGGCUACUCACGUCCAGUUUCCUCGAGUUUCUCACAAUCUAUGGUCACUUUGCAGGCGAGGAGCUGGAAGAAGACGACGAGGCGCUCAGGCCUGGCGAAUACUUUUCCUCCGGCGGCGAGGAUUACUACGACAGCGGCGAGGACAGCGAGGACGAUCGAGAGCCCAUGGAGGACAGUGCGCUGCUGACGCCAUCGCGUUACCGGAGGAGACGGAGACAACGUGGAGGAAGUGGGAAAAACAGCCCGAUGAGCGCCGCGCUCCUGUUGCUCAAGUCCUUUGUUGGUACCGGAGUCCUCUUCCUGCCUCGGGCGUACCUGAAUGGUGGUAUGGCCUUCAGCAACGCUGUCUUGCUGGGUGUGGCUGCGCUGAGCUAUUACUGCUUCGUGCUUCUGGUCACGACUCGUCUCAAGGUCGAGGGGUCGUUUGGUGACCUUGGUGGCAUCCUCUAUGGCAAGUGGAUGAGGGGCAUUAUUCUCACGUCUAUCGUCAUAAGCCAGAUCGGAUUUGUGGCUGCCUACAUGGUUUUUACGUCAGAGAAUCUGCAGGCCGUCAUCCUGGCGGUGUCUGACUGCAAAUCGAACGUUCCCGUCAAGUGGUUGAUCCUCCUGCAGGUCCUGGUCUUCCUGCCCUUCUCUCUUUUGCGAGACAUUGAGAAGCUGAGUUUCACUGCUCUGAUUGCGGAUGCCUUCAUUCUGCUCGGGCUGGCCUACUUGCUCUACUACGACAUUCUCACCUUGAGUACCAAUGGUUUGUCGGAUAUAAUCUUGUUCAACCGCAACGACUGGACCUUGUUCAUAGGCACCGCUAUCUUCACAUUUGAAGGGAUUGGCCUCAUCAUUCCCAUCCAGGAGUCGAUGAAGAACCCCAAAAAGUUCCCUGGCGUCAUGCUAGCGGUCAUGAUUAUUAUCUCGGUCGUCUUCAUCGGUAUGGGUGCCAUCUCCUACGCCGCCUACGGAUCCAAGACGGAGACCGUGGUGUUGCUCAACAUGCCUCAGGACAACAAAAUGGUCAACAGCGUCCAGUUUCUCUACUCCAUUGCCAUCAUGCUGUCGAUCCCGCUGCAGCUUUUCCCUGCCAUUAAAAUUACUGAGAAUGCAUUGUUCACCAAGAGCGGAAAGUACAACCCUUACAUCAAAUGGCAGAAGAACCUGUACCGCUUCUUCUUUGUCAUCCUCUGUGCAGUCAUUGCAUGGGGUGGCGCAGAUGACCUGGACAAAUUUGUUGCCCUCGUUGGCAACUUUGCUUGCAUUCCCCUUGUCUACAUCUACCCGCCCCUACUUCACUACAAGGCGGUCGCAAAGAACAAACUUUGGAAGAUUUCUGACAUUGUGCUCUGUGUCUUUGGAUUCAUUGCCAUGGCAUACACCACCACUUUGACUGUCUACAGCUGGGCUGGCGGUUCCAGCGAGCCUAGCCCUCCAGCAUAUUGCGACCGCAGGGGGCACUAAACUGGCAAGGAGGCCGGUGCAGAAGCGCAUACAAUCACCGAAUUUUUUUUUGUAUGAUGAAAGUGCUAGCCGAAAAGCGUUGGGCAGUCAUUGCAUGGAUUCCAGCGGAUUUUCUUCUUUUUCUUCUCAGUCUUUCAAGAGGUUUCAACAGCAUUUGUUGGUCAUCAUAUGAGCGUGGGCUUGUAAAUAGACUGAAGAACAGACGGCUCAUCGCCACAUUUAUAGUUCUGUAUGUGCAUACGUAGCAAAAGAUUCUGAUCUAACAACAACAUGCGGUACUCUCACAUGGGCAUGCUAAACAAAGAU